AGGUUUGCUGCUGUGAUCAUGAGAAUCAGGGAACCACGAACAACAGCCCUCAUCUUCAGUUCAGGAAAAAUGGUCUGCACAGGAGCAAAAAGUGAAGAGCAAUCACGGCUUGCAGCCAGGAAGUACGCGCGUGUGGUGCAGAAGCUUGGAUUCCCUGCCAAGUUCCUGGACUUCAAGAUACAGAAUAUGGUUGGGAGCUGUGAUGUGAGGUUCCCCAUCCGGCUGGAAGGCUUGGUUCUCACUCACCAGCAGUGCAGCAGCUAUGAACCUGAACUGUUUCCUGGCCUUAUCUAUAGGAUGGUCAAACCAAGGAUAGUGCUACUUAUCUUUGUGUCUGGAAAAGUUGUACUGACUGGAGCAAAAGAGCGUUCUGAAAUCUAUGAGGCAUUUGAGAACAUCUACCCAAUUCUAAAAGGUUUCAAGAAAUCGUCAUAA